CCCAGCAUUCGUGCGAUUCAAGUUCGGAUUAUAGCUCUCUCCCAGAUUUGUCACCCCUCUUUGGACGGACCCGACUUCGCCGUUUUCUGUCAUCUGCAGUACGUCUCUGCAAUUGAAUCACAUUUUCCAUCCCAUCUCCAAUUUGCCACUACGAUUGGCUUUGCUGCUUUCUCCCUGCCUGGUCGGAAUGUCCUUUGAAUCUGUGGUGCAGAUCUGAGCUAAAAUCCGGUUAUAAUAUGAGAAUGUUUUGGCUGCUUCUGUUCGCACAGGUGAAUAUAUUCCGGUGCGCAACUUUAGGCUUCUGGAUCUGAGUCGUAUUCUACCAUGGAGGAUGAGAAGAAGAAGAAGCGAAACAAGAAGAAGAAGAACAAACAGAACAAGGCAUCUGAAGAUGACGCUCCCGCCGUCGCCGCCGAUCAUGUCACCAAUGGGGGAAACGAUCAUAAGCCAACUAUUCAAAUCGGUGCAGUACCAAACGUCGACGCAAAUUCGGUUUCCGACGUCCACCGGGAUAAUGGAUUGGACGAGUCUGGCCUAGAAGAGAAGAUUAAGGAGUUGCAGGAUCAAAAUAAUGCACAUGUACAAAAACAGGCUUCCUUAGAAGGUGCAAUCAAAGCAUUGAUAAGUGCAAAUGACAUUUCUGUGAUUAAACAGGCAGAUUUUGAAGAAAAAAACAAGCAACUGAGUAUUGAAAAGGAUUCGUACAUGCAGAAAGAGACUGAUCUAGAGAUGAAAAUUGCACAGUUGCAACAUGAAAAAGAUUCGUGGCUUGAAAAGGAGUAUUCUUCAAAGGAAACAAUUGUGAAACAAAAUGUUGAUAUUACAAGACUGAAAAUGCAGGUGGUGGAAUUGGAAGAAAAUAAGAGUAAUCUGUUAAAAGAGAACCAAGUGCUGGUGGAAAGAAUAUCCGAUCUGCAGUCGAGGAUUCUGACUCUCGAUACCAGCUUCUCCUCAGAAAACUCAUCAAAUCAACUUACAAAGAAUACUCAUGAGGAUGACAAGGUGAACUCACAGAUUGAAGCCGCUCUUGCACUUGUCGACAAGUUGAUCACAGAAAACGCAGAGCUUGUUGAGAAGGUGAAUGAGUUGUACGCUAAGCUGGACCAAAAAGGUGCUCAACUCGAUCAAUCUUCAGGCAUUGAAAGUGAUGGCAUGGUUGAGAAUACCGAAAUUCUUGGCACCUUGGCCUCCCCGGCCGAGUCAGUAAAAAAUAUCCCUGCUUUGAAUGGUGUGUUGGAUUCCAUUGAAAUGGGGAUGCCAGUUGUUCCGAUCACAGUCCCUUCAGAAGCUGACUCGGGGGAGAUCGUACAGAUCCCACUGGACGAAACCGAAGACGAGAACAAUUCGGAGGCCCCACAAGAUGUAGUGGAAGAUGACAGUGGUGAUGACAACACCCCUUUUUCAGAUGCACCACUAAUCGGUGCUCCAUUCCGAUUAAUCUCAUUUGUUGCUAGCUAUGUUAGUGGUGCUGAUUUAGUUAACAGAAGUUAAAUGUGCUCUGCUAUGAAGCUGUAGCGUCUUUCGUACUUGUUACCCUCCAUAGACAUACAUACGCAUACACACAGUAGAGAUAGAAGCUAAAACUUUGCAUAUGGUUUGGUUGCUGUGCAUUGUACAUGUACAGACAUUAUCAUUACUAGGAAUCGGAGCUCGCGGCGAAACCUCAGGCAAGGCUAGGAUGCUAUAAAUUUGAUCAUGUCGGACUCGAGUUACUGCACUCUCAUCCCAUCAAACUAAAAUAGAGCGGCAAAGCUGCUUCUCGGUCUGGUGGUCUGCUUCAACAGAGCCAAAGAACUAGGCGACCAUGC